GUGAUUGAGGCUAUAGCCAGUGGUAUUGCUGGAACAGAUGGCUGCACAUUAUUGGACGUUGACCCUGGAGCAUCGACCAAUCGGACGGUGUACACGUUCGUUGGUUCCCCAGAAAGUGUGGUGGAGGGGGCUAUGAAUGCUGCUAGAGUGGCCUUCCAUGGUAUAGACAUGAGGAAACACACAGGUGAGCACCCCAGAAUGGGAGCCCUCGACGUGUGUCCGUUCAUUCCAGUACAGAACGUCUCCAUGGAGGACUGUAUAGAAUGUGCCAAGGAAUUUGCAGAAAGACUGGCACUAGAACUAGGAGUACCAGUGUACCUGUACGGUGAGGCCUCAGACAAUGAAGAAAGGAAACAGUUACCACAGAUUCGUUCUGGCGAGUUUGAAGGUCUCCCUGAAAAGCUUUCAAAACCGGAGUGGAAGCCAGAUUACGGCCUCGCAGAAUUCAUGCCGACCUGGGGGGCAACAGCUGUAGGAGCAAGGACCUUCCUCAUUGCCUACAACAUCAACCUGCUGGCUACCAAGGAACAGGCUCACCGUAUCGCCCUCAACGUCAGGGAGCAGGGGCGUGGCAAAGACCAGCCAGGAAGACUAAAGAACGUGCAGGCCAUUGGGUGGUACCUAGAUGAGGCCAAUUUGGCACAAGUGUCCGUCAACAUCACCGACUUCAAGAGCACACCUAUACACAUGGUGUACGAGGAAAUCCUGAAGGACGCACAGGAGUUGAAUCUGGCAGUGGUGGGGUCCCAGAUCGUUGGACUUGUGCCCCUGGAGGCGGUCAUACAGGCUGCUGAGUACUACAUGGAGAAGGACAACUUGUUUAUCCUGGAGGAGGAUCAGAAGCUACGACUCGUUAUCAACAGACUCGGACUAAACUCCCUCGGACCCUUCAGUCCUAAAGAGCGAAUCAUUGAAUAUAUGAUAAAUGAUGAGAAGGAUGGACCACUGAUCAGUAUGGACAUUCGCGACUUUAUCCUUACAGUGGGGUCAAGGUCACCGACUCCAGGUGGAGGCUCUGUGGCUGCGCUGUCAGCUGCCUUGGGGGCUGGCCUUGGAGCUAUGGCGGGAUUCCUGAGCUACGGAAACAAGAAGUUCUUUGACUUAGAUGCCAAGAUGCGGAAGUUACUGCCACCUCUUUACAAAACCAUGAAGGACUUGAUGGCUUUUGUAGAUGCAGAUGCUGCUGCCUUUAGUGAAUAUAUGCUGGCCUCCAAACUGCCUCAAGAUACAGAAGAGGAUAAAGCCCUGAGAGAAGAGGCGAUGCAGGACGGUCUGAUGACAGCAGUACAUGUGCCUCUCACUGUGUCGAGGAUCACCAACUCAAUGUGGCCUGCUCUAAAGGAAUUGGCUGCCGUGGCUAACAUCAACUGUAAAUCUGAUCUACAGGUUGGAGUACGGACACUGGAGACAGCUGUGUGGGGAACAUUCUACAACGUAAUGACCAAUCUCAACGAUCUCCAGGACGCAGAGGUCAAAGCCAAGGUGAAAGAGGAAAUCGAUGCUGCUGUGCAUCUAGCUCAAGUCAACUGUGCCGAAAUUUUGUCAAUUUUGGACGGGAGAAAAGAAUGAAUGCUCUCUACAGCUUACUUGUCUAUAGCUAACUGAUGCAGCUUUAUAGCAUUGUGAAUUGGUUCUUCAUUGUGUGUGUGAACAUUUGGGAAAGGAUAUAGAAAAGUUCAGUGGAAUCUUGUCUGGAUACUUUUGUUUCCGAAGGAGAUCUAUUGUCAGUACUACUGAAUUUCAGCAAUAACGGAGUAUGAUUUGUUUUAGAACGUACUUCUGCUUCUAAAUAUUGUUAUUUGGAAAGUCAAUCUUCUAGAUUAUUGUUGUGCGGACCCAUUGGUGGUCCACUGUACAUGUAUAUGUGGAAAUACUGCUUUUGAUUAUAAAUGUGAUGAGCAAUGCAUUAUUAUUUAAAUAUUAUGCAUAAUAUAUGAAUUUCAGUAGUUUGGACAUGUUUCAAGAGGGAAAAUGUUGAAAAGUUCAUAUAUUUUUUUCAUAAUCCAAUCUUUCAUUUUGAUCAUUCUCUAAAAUACUUAAGUAAACUAGAAAAUUGAGGUUUCCCAAGUUAAAAACAACAACAAUCUAGACUUACAAUUAUUUUCCUUAUCAAUGAUUCACUCAUUUUAAUUAUCAAAUAUAAUCAUUACAUUCCUGAUUUGAACAUUUUCCAGAAUGAUAUAUAGAUGAAAUGGAAAUUCAGUUUAUUUCCAGAAAAAAAAGAAUAUUGAGAAAAGCAAAUUUUCUGAUUUAAUGAAAAAACUCUAUUUAUACUGCAUAAUACAAUCGAAUUCCAGGGGGAAACAACAUUGAAAAGAUAGCUUCAGCAGAAUGCAAUAUGCAAGUGUUUGGAAAGCAUGUUUUCUGGAAUAAAGGUGGUCAGAUUUGACAAAGAGUUUGUACUGUGUGUGAUUAAAAUGUUUACCGUGAGUCUAUGAUUUCAUGUUUCUGUAAUUUUAACCAUUCCUAUGAAAUUUAAGUUAUUUUUGAUAAUUUUACAAAAUUGUUGAACCAUAGAAAUUUAUCUUAAUAUUGUGUAUGAAAUAUAUAUUGUGUGAUUUUUUAUCAUAUGGUGUCAUUUUUUAAUUGAUUUAAAAUGGAGCUUUUUUGAGGACAAUGUUUGCCUGUGAGAAUCUUUAAAUGUUAAUUAAGUUUAAUUGUUUAUAAAUUAAACUGUUGUUUGUUUUGUACUAUCAUUGUCUUGUAUGACUCGUCAUAGGUAUACAGACUGAGAUUUACAGUUUAGAUUUACUGUAAACUGUAAUAAAAUUUGACCAGAUGUGGAAUACUUUGGAAAUAUGUACUGUAUACCGCAAAACCGUAACUCGGUGAAACAUUCACUUUUAAAACCAACAAAUCCAUAUUAAAGUUAAUUUCAUCGUUCACAAAAGAAACUCUAUGCUUAGAUAUGUGAAAAAGUACAUGUAAUCACCAUCAUGAUGAAUUAUCUUAACUAAUUACGGAAAGUGAAUGGCUGAAAAAUUGACUCUGCCAAGCGUCUCCCGGUUUGCAGUAACUUGGUUCCUCUUUGAUGACAAUUUUCGUUAAGAGACUUAACAUUUACUGAAAUUGUCUUGAUAAAUUAUGAAACUUGGUGGAAUUUGCUGCCUGCUUAUAUUAAAGAACAAUUAAAGUGUAAAAAUGAUCACGAGUCGGUCGCUAAAAUUUCCUAUUCAACUGUAUGGACAGUUUGUCUUAAGAUAUACCAGAGUUAAAGGAUUUCAUUAAGAUGUCUUUAAAAUGAUUCUUACAUCAGUCCAUGGCCAACUGUGAUAAAUUUUGUAUUCGUUUCUUUUUUUGACAUUUACUUUUUAUCACGUACUGCAAUUAGCAAGACCAUUUAUUAGAUCAUAAGAAAAUAAAUUAUCUGUUUCCAUUUUACUUUAAACAUAUUUUAUUCAAACAUAUUUCAUUGCUGAUAAAUAAUUUCGUUCUUACCCUGGUGUGGUGGUGGUGGGGGAGAGGUAGAUAUUUAGGUGUUGUUAGUUUUUUAAUGUUUUUUAACUACAUUCCAAUUUAUAAAUCACCAGUUAAACAUAUUUACUAACAAAACACAUAUUUUCAUAAUUGAUGAACAGUCAAACAUGUGUUCAGACACCUUAGUGGGAGUUAAAAAUAAUGAUCUCCUAACACAGGUGGUCUCUUGAUACAGGUUCAGUUCACAUCAAAAUCAGGUGGUCUCUUAACAGAGAUGGUCUUUUCAUAGAGGUGGACACAUGAGCAGGUUUUACUUUAUCGAAACAACUGUAAAAUAAAAUGUGUUAAACUGAAUAUUGAAUUUGAAACCAUAUGUAGACAAACCACACUUUCUAAUGGAAAAUAUAAUAUUUUCUAUAAAGAUAAAAAGUAAAUUUAGAACAAAUUUACCCAAAACCUUAUUCCUGAAUCAAAACACUUCAUGACAAAUACUAGUAGGAAGUCAACCCCUUCGUGGUAUUUGUCUGUUUACAACCAGGUGACAGCCAGGCCUGUGUCUGCAGGGUUAUAAAACACCUCAACCAGUCAGUAGGAGCUCAUCGCUGUUAUAGUUUUAAUUUCCAUCAUCAGCUUUAAACAAACUUAAAGAAUAACUGUUAUGUAUGGACACUUGUCUGUUGAAUGAGAGAAAAUAUUUCGAAAAUAUUCUGCCCAAAAAUGUUACAGGUAAUGUUUUUCAGAUACUGCAAUACUAGUGAUGACAACAAUUUUGAAAUUAGAAAAAAAUUGUACAUAUUCUCGUUUAUUCCGUCCCAAUGUACAUUAUGCAUUAAAACCUGCCUCUAUACACUGCACAAGGGAGGGAUUAAAAAAAAGUGUUUGAUAGAUUGAUGGUCUUCAUAGAGAGGUGGUUUAAAGAAACACACCAGUUGGAGUAUAUUGAAAAGAGUACAUGUAGUUAUAAUGAGAUGGUUUUAAAGGAAAAUAUUACCAUAAAGAAAUGUUUUCGUUGCAAUGUUUUGGAAGAAAUAAGUGUGGUAGAAUGGGUAAUGUAAGCAAUAGUUUAUUUACAUCAAAGUGUGAAAACUACAAAUUUGAAAUUUCUGUAGAACUUUGCCUAUUGUGAUGUUGCCAGUUCAAGAAUAACAUUGUUUGAAAUCUUUUUCUUUAGUUUAUUACUGUCAAUAUUGUUAACCCUUCCAAGGAAGUUGAUGAUAUUCUAUAGAAUAUGUUUAUCUGGUGUACACUUAACUUGUCUAACUUAGCUUUUGAUAAAUGGUUGAGGAUAUUGUAAUUUAAUCAUAACUAUUUGAGUGGUACUUGAAUUCAGCCGGCAAAAAUUUCACACCAGAAAAUCAUUCACUUUUUAUUAUGUCAGUUAUAUAUUUUUAAAAUCUGUGUUAUUUCUCUGGCUUACUUUGCUUUAAUCAAAACUUUCAUCUUGUAAAGUUUGCUGUGUAUUAAUCAAAGGAGAAAAUAAUAUCCCUUGUCUUAAAUAAAUAUUUACUGUAGUACUGUUAUAGUUUGGUGUUGAUGUAACUUUCUAGAAUAUUGUUAUAACAGGCUGUUGCUAGAUUAAAUCAAUCACCCCUGAAAUUUCAUAAUGAACUAUUCCAACCUUUGAAUUGGAAGAGUUUAAAUAUGACUUUAGGGGUGAAUGAGUUAAUUUCCUUUUCCUCCAAAAAAAUAUUGUUUAUAUGAAUAUUGUAUGUUUAAAUGACCUUUAUAUUGUUAAUGACUAUACAGAAAAUAUAAUUUAAUUAUGUUAAGGUGUUGGAACUACAGCCAGAAAAGAUUUUUUAUUUUAUCUGUAAUCAAGAAAUGUUGGUACAUAUAUAUAUAUAUACAUAUAACUGAAAUGAAA